CGAGGGAUGUCUUUUAAGUUUUGCAUAUGGAAAUAAAACAACACGGUAGGUAGUUUUAAAUGACUUUAUUGUUUUUCGAAGUAUUCUCCACGAAGAUAAAUACACAUCUGCUUGCGCUCGAACCAAUUUUCGAAGCACUUAUUCCACUCGUUUGCUGGCAGAUCCAAAACGGCAUUGUUGAAUGCGUCAACUGCUUCUUCUGGUGACUGGAACCUUUGACCACGCAGUGUGUUUUUAAUUUUCGGGAAAGUAAAGAAAUCGUUAGGACUUAGAUCAAGACUAUAUGGAGGAUGGUAAAAUAAUUCCACAUUUUCUUCUGUUAAUGUACUGUCUUGUUUUUUGGGCUGUGUGUGAGCUUGCAUUGUCUUGGUGGAGGAUGAUUCUUUUUUCGGGGUUGAUUUUUCGAAGCUCGGUGAUAACUUUUGGCAAACAAAUCGUGGAAUCGUCACUAAGACUCAUCCGUCCACGUUUGAAUUCUCCAUACCAACGGGAAAUUGUCGACUGAUGUGGCGCUUCGUUGCCGAAAACAGACAGUAACU